GCGGCGGCGCAGGCCCAGACCCAGGCCGACUUUGAGGAGGAGGCAGACUCGAGCCCAUCCUGGUCUGGGCGGAUACAGGCGUCUGGGAAGCAUCUCUUGCGGAGCCAAGGUUGACCUUGGCCUGCUUCGCUCCCAGCUAACUGGGAGAAUGCUCGCAUUGCGUCAUGACCUCAGGCUGCUCCUCACACCAGGCUGAGGACUGACCCACGACCUGGCCUUCUACUCCCUAGAUCUGUGGUCCUGCACCCAGCCAGCGCCUCCGACCUAGCCCAGCCGCCUUCGCCAUGGUGAAGUUGCUGCCAGCCCAGGAGGCCGCCAAGAUCUACCACACCAACUAUGUGCGAAACUCGCGCGCCGUGGGGGUGAUGUGGGGCACACUCACCAUCUGUUUCUCGGUGCUGGUCAUGGCCCUCUUUAUCCAGCCCUACUGGAUAGGCGACAGUGUGAGCACGCCACAGGCUGGCUAUUUUGGCUUGUUCUCGUACUGUGUGGGCAAUGUGCUGUCGUCGGAACUCAUCUGCAAGGGCGGACCUCUGGACUUCUCCUCUAUCCCCUCCAGAGCCUUCAAGACCGCCAUGUUCUUCGUGGCCUUGGCAAUGUUCCUCAUCAUCGGCUCCAUUAUCUGCUUCAGCCUGUUCUUCGUCUGUAACACAGCCACGGUCUACAAGAUUUGCGCCUGGAUGCAGCUGGCUGCGGCCACGGGCCUGAUGAUCGGAUGUCUGGUCUACCCAGAUGGUUGGGACUCCAGCGAGGUGCGGCGCAUGUGCGGCGAGCAGACGGGGAAGUAUACGCUGGGCCACUGCACCAUCCGCUGGGCCUUCAUGCUGGCCAUCCUCAGUAUUGGAGAUGCACUCAUCCUCUCCUUCUUGGCUUUCGUGUUGGGCUACCGGCAGGACAAGCUCCUUCCAGAUGACUACAAGGCCGAUGGGAACGAGGAAGUCUGAAGCCAUGAGGUGCUGGCGAGCCACUCUCCUGGCAGCUCACAGUCCGGCCGACGCCGGGCCUCCCUCACUGUGUGUGCCACUCAUGGUGGGCUCCUUGGAGGUCAGAAGUUUCCAGAAACCACACUACCUUCAAGUUCUGCGCAGAUAACUGUGGUGAUCCAAAGAAGAUCCCCGGGUGUGUGGCGCACCUGCCUGCAGCCUACACUGUGCCUUGAAGCAGGAACGGUGGAUUUCACCAAAACCUUCAGGUUUAAACAAAGGCCGGGUUAAGAGAGACCUGCAAGUCGGAUAAUCCCGGAGAGUUGCCUUUUUGCCCUAUCUUAGCGGGGACAGAAUUCCGUCCCAUCGCUGACAAUGAUUAUGGUUCUUACAGUUUUUAGGCAGCUUCUCUUUCAAACUCUCAGUCAUCCUCAAAACCAUGCAGAAUAAAAAUCAGUGAGGCUAA